CGGACGGCCAUAUCCGCACUGCAGUCUGAGCAAAACAACAGUGCCAGAACAGGGCAAUGAAUCACCAGCGCUGAGCACUGUGCAGUAGUAUCUGCUCUGAGAUUCGCAUAUGUAUUCUCAAGGGCACAAUGGGAAUCGUGGGAAUUGUUCUUCAAAAGGUAUGAAGUGUCCGUGUGGGUUUCAUUAGGCUGCUGGUUCUGGUGGAGCCUGUUCUUGUACCAGCAUCACAGGAACUGGCUCUCCAGGCCUUGGUGGAAGUUUCCAGUUUACACAGAACUGAGAUGUGCAUGCUGUGAUCCAGGGCAGACUCUCAUGAAGGAUGGCAUCUCUCUCUGGUUAUGACACUCCAUCAUUAAGGUUGACAUGCUGAUCUAUCUUUACAGUGGGCGCAGCAAUACGGGGAGAGACAGGAGUUGGGGAUGAACUCUCUGCACUCUCCAAAGACCUCCUUCAGUCCCUCAAAGCCACUUUAUCACCUCUGCAUGCUCAAGGCAGUUCCAUGGAGGCAAAGUUUGGUUCUGAAUUCUCAAUCAAACGACUAGCUCAACUCUCCCAUGCACUCGGGCUCCAGCCCAGCACAGAAGAGAACAGAGGCCAAACCUCCAUCCAUCAGAGGCUGAAGUGUCCUGCUGCCGUGCCGCAGGGUUGCCCUCGAGCCUGGUUCCUCAAGCCCCAGAAGAGCAGCUGAGAAGCCAGCGCGGGGUGUCUGCCCCACGGCGGGAUUCUUCAGGAUCUGCCCCCCGGGGCUGGAGGAACCCAAAAGAGGAAAGUUCAGACCAAAGGAGGAAAGGAAACUUCUUCACAGUUAACUGGAAUGUCUAUUUCUGCCACAGUGAGGCACGCAGAACAUCUCAUUUGGGAGUGUAGCUGCUGAGAGAACAAGUGACUUCCCUGUGCGCUGCCGUCUGAUCCAACGGCUCGAAAACAUCGAUGUUGAUGUUGUUCAUAUUUACACAUAAAUAGAGGUCCCGGCGCCUGGACUGGCCUCGAUCUUGCACUGUGCUGAGCCCUGAUUACAAAGGCCGCGUUCUCGCUCAGGGCCGUCCUCCUGAGCUGUGGGCAGGCCUGUCCCAGUCCAGGCUUCUGUUUGGAUGCCAUUUGCACUGGCAGGGCGUUAAGCGAUGAAGCCCCUAACACCCAUCGGGUCGCCCUCGCCUCUGCGUCUGCUCAACAAGGGGCCAGACUACCUGCGGCGGCAGAUGGAUGGCGGGGGGCGGGGACAUUCGGUCAGCGCUGUGGAGCGUCUGGAGGCCGACAAGGCCAAGUACGUGAAGAGCCGGCAGGUGAUCGACAACAAGCAGGAGCCCGCACUGGCACCUUGCGUAACCCCACCGACUCAGCCACGGCGAAACCUCGCCACACCAGUGAGCUCCAUGCAUCUCCAUCUUCACCACCCUCCGCCCAGCCCACGAGCCCCGGCCAGGCCGGCCUUGGCUGUCAGCGUGGACGACGAGGACGACUCCAGGAAGGAGAACCGACGAGCUCUGAUGCCAGAGGCGGGGACACCGGAACGCCGAGAGAGCGCGGCUGGCCGCGCUCCCCGGCCUGCGGCGGGGAGCCUGGUGUGCAGGCUGCCGGUAGCACCCCACAGCGCCCCCAUGCUGCGGAGGAGCACAGGCAAACGUGCGCUACGCCCGGACUCGCUGCUUAUCUACCGGCAGAAGAAGGAGUGUAAGAUUCCCACAGACAGCGGCAGCAGUGGCGGGAACGCGGAGACGAAGGGAUACAGCUUUGUACGGCGCCUCUUCCAGGGCUCGAUGCGCGAGAAGAGCGCAAGGGACGACGCCAAGCCGACGGCGACGACCAUCAGUGAGGAGAAGGGCUCAUCGCGUGACGGGGACUCUCGCAUGUCGUGGUCCAACGAUCGCGAUGCCACAGACGGCACCGACAGGCCCUGGCGCUCCGGCCGACCGGAGCUGAACGGAAGCAGCGGGGGUUUUCCAACUCCUGCCAGCAUGUCGAGCUCUCCGUGGAGCAGCAUCGGUAAUGACACAGACCCGUGGAAACCAGUGCGGCUGUCAGCCAGGCUCCGGCGUUCCGAAUCGGACCUGCGGCCGUGUGCCUCGGCGGUGCCCUUUGAGCUGCAGCGCUUCUUUGACUUCUGCGGCCUCGACUGGGACAUGGUGGACCGGCUCGGCCCCGAGAACUUCCUGUCGGGUGCCAGCUCGGUUGACACGCUCUCGCUGGUCCUGCGCAGCGUUGGCGCAGUGGAAGGCGGCUCCGAGCCCAGCGAGUUCUCCCGCCACUCAGGGGACGGCCUCUUCCAGGAGGAAUUGGGCGAGCAGGUGCCAUCAGCCGUGUCGAUUAUCGAGAGGAACGCCCGCGUCAUAAAGUGGCUUUAUGGGUGUAAGAACGCCGCGCAGGAGGCAGGAGUCACGCAAGAACCCAGAGCUCCUAAAGAGUCGACUGUGUAGCCCCAAGCAAGACGAGCCAUCCAAUCCUGAAGGCAUGAUGCCGGACUGUCAUCGUACCAAUCUUUCUACCACGCUGUAUUUAUUUCAUUUCAGAAGCUUGCGUGUGAAGAGACUUAUGCAGCCUCAGGUCGAUACGCGUCAGGUUAUCUCAUGUUUGUGCACUGACAGACCUUUUUCUACCUUGUUCAUCUCUUUUCAGUCAUGGCAUACCUGUGUCUCCUCCUCUUCGUACAUAAGACACACACGAGCGCAUUCUUGUCUUUGGGUUGCUGGGUUACAACAGAGCUCUUGUGCAUCUCAAGAGAUGAAUAAUUGAAAAUGGAAAACCACUAAGCUUUGCUUGUCCUGGACGGGGGAAAGUCAUGUGUGCGUGUUUAGUGAGUCAUGCUUACCACGUCCCCACCUGGACUCCCUUAUCUGUUACACUCCCCAACCCUUAAAAAGCAGGAACAUACACCAAAGCCCUACUCCCUGGAGCUGUUAAUGCACUGAUGCACUGUACUAGAGAGAGAGAGAGAGAGAGAGAGAGAGAGAGAGAGAGAGAGAGAGAGAGAGAGAGAGAGAGAGAGAGAGAGAGAGAGAGAGAGAGAGAGAGAGAGAGAGAGAGAGAGAGAGAGAUCUUGACAUAUGCAAAGGAAGAAGUUUAGUUUUGACAAACAGUCAUCAUAGAUAUAGCUAGAAUCAAAUACCUAUACCAAAGAAUAAAGCCCCGUCAAUUCAAAAAUAUUACUUGUCAAUCCCCAUUAAGUGGAAAGGUUUAUUGAAAUUGAAAGCAUAUGUAUUAUUCCCCACUGCAAUAGAGAUUUUGUUUUUGAAACUGCUAUAUAAAAAUCACAUUGAAUCACUUUUAGACAAAUAGUAACUUGCUUUUAUUGCUUCUUAUUUUAAAGCUAAGAUUAUAUUUACAUCUCUAGCAUACUUGGUUGCAAUAAACAAGUGUCCAGUUAGCAGGUCUGAUCAUGCAAUGUCAGUCCUGCUGUCGUAAGAGGACGUCCACACAGAGAGGUACUUCUCCUCAACCCCCACACUCCUCGCUAGCAUCCAUCACUCACUGCUUAUCGCUCCUCUAGCACACUGAAACAGUCCGGCCCGGCGGCUGGGAGAGCUCAGGUUGUUUUGUUUUUUUAGAGUCACUGCUGAAAAAUGAAUCCAAGGUCCCCUGUGGUAUUCCAAGGUCACGGAGUGAGUUUAGAGGUGUUACGUGAAGCUAAAGCACUCCUCAUAAACGUAUCCUUCUCACCUGCUUCUCUCUCCCUCUCGCAUGUUUACAGACCAACAGAGUAUGUCUGCAUCCUUGUUUGCCAGUCUUAAAAGAGUAUUUCAAAUAUGUGUAUAUGUGUAUAGAUCACAGUGGAAGUGGAAAUAAACCUGUAUUUUUAAACG